UUUACUCAAAGAAAAAAUCCAAGAAGCUGGCCGUGUCACAAUAUUUGCAUUGUCAUGAUCUAUAAGAACAUUGUGGAAUUGUGCACCCCAGCACGUUACAUUACGGCUGACAGAAAGUAUGUAAAGGAUUUCGGAAUCGAGAAGAGAAUCUCGACUCCGCACUUCAGUUCGUAAAGACGAGCGCUGCGUGGCGGACGCGCGAUCGGGGAACUUCAUACUGCCCACACUUAUCGUCAAUAGUGAAAAGUAUCUCAAACUACGUAAACGAAAAAAGCGUAAGCCUGUACAUUAACAGAACGAGAAAUAAAAGUCAAAAGAAGAUAAGUAGAAAGUGAACGAAAGUGCUUGCAGAAAUGUUUUUGGUAGUGAUCAUUACGGUGUUUAUUGCAAGUGGAGAAAGCACGACACUGGGAGAAUCCGACAACUGCGACCCGAGCGAGCUGAAUAUAUGUGUAGAGAAGAUUCCGAAGACACCCGUUGGCUUGCCGAAGACGAAAGAGGAACUAGACACGCAUUGCCGGGUGUUUAACAUGGGGAUGAGCUGCAUGGACGCUUGGAUCCGCCGCUGCCUACCGACGGACGGACAAAAGCUGGUGCACCAGCAGAUCGGCGGCGCGCGCGCCAUUAUGCGCUUUCUUUGCGCGAACGAGACCACAGCGCUGCGACGGGAAUUCCUGAAGGAGCAGAGCUGCUGGGCCCGGGUGUCUCCGGAAUGGUCCAGCUGUGUGAACGAGUUACAGAGCGCCGUACGGGACAUCAGCGACCGCGCACAACUGUUCACGUACUUCAACAGGAACGGAGAGCUUUGCUGCGCGCGAGACGACUUCAUGGCCUGCGUGACGCAAGUGGGCCGCCUAUGCUCAGCCACCGCCGGGAACCUGCUCAAGCGCCUUGCCUGGGUGCUCGCGCAAGACGUGGCCGCCUGCAGUCAACCGCACGCCUACUGCACGGCCCCGCCGACUGCCGUCACCACACCUUUGCUGACCGCACUGUCAACGAUCUUACUAUAUCCACCAAGGCUCUAAGCUCAGUUUAAGCUAGAUAGAAUUAUUUAGUUAGAACGCUUGUUUUUACCGAAAAAUUGUCGUUUUCAACGAUCGACAAUUAUAGUUUUAAAGUUAAAAAUAAAACGUAAAAUCCCUUGUUAUGAAGAAGACGAUCAUUUUUACAUAGCGAAUGGACCAACCGAAAAUAGUGCUCCGUAAUUGUUUGAAGUACGUGUCAAGUUAAUUGCUACUACCUAUUCGCGUGGGUGCCAGCUAAAUACCGUCUGCGGUUAUACUAUGCCCACUGAGGCCCUAAGCUCAAUGUUAGUUAGAUAGAUAUCUUAAUUAUCAUGGACUUAAAAUCGUCCACCUAAUAUUUUUUCACCACACCUAAAUCAAGAGGGAUUGAUUGUUUAAAAACUAAUGAGAAAGUUGCAUUUUAUCCACACUUGGGGCAAAGUAAUCAGAUGCAAAUGUUGAGUUGUUUCCUUAUUAGCUGGUAGAAUUUACUUUUUAAUGAUAUUAUGUUCAUUUCGAUUUGAUUUAAUUUGAUUUGUUUGGUAAUUUAUAGUUAGUAUAUUCCUCGUGUUGGUGUGGUGAAAAAAAAAUUUGUUUCACUCGGGGGCGUACUUUGUAAAAUAAAUCAAUAAAUUUUGGCCCUUUAUUUAGAAUAUACUUUUUGCUUGUUUUUCUGUUGCAUUCAUAAAUCAUUAGUUAGUUUUCGAUAAAAAAGAUGAAUGGCCCACCGUCACUUAUAAUCUUAGUGUUGCUCAGAACUAAACAUUAAACGACCUUAAGAUGAAAUCGGUUGAAAGUUAGGUUUAAGAUCAAUGAAUUAUUGAUGUGAUGUGAUGUUAUUAAAGUAAAGUUUGUUAAAGUAAGCUAAGUAAUUGAAAUUGUAUGUAAUCAGAGUUGAGCGUAAAAUAAACAAAUCUAAAGAUUUAAUUGUACAAGGAAGUGGAGAUAAAAGAAAAUAUACAAAAUUUACACAAAAUAA